UGGAGGGGAAAGGUAAGUGCCUGGAGGGUUUCCAUUAAGUUCUAAAUGGUUCUUUAAGCAGUUGAGCACUGACACAGCGCUUAGGUGUUGAUGGAGAAGGGAACCUGGACUCAGACAGGAUCUGAAGGUCAGGGAGAUGCUGGGGCCCAGCUGAAGACCCCUCUCCACCUCCCCCAGCCCUCACCUUCUCUCCACUUGUGAAAUGUCUUGGGCUCUCCUAGUAGUUUUUUGUUUUUGAAACUGCCUCCCCAGCUAGCAUGGCACUUGCUAACUUCUCGAGUCCUAGGAACCAACUUCUGCUGUCUCCGAGGAAGUCCUAGAGCUGGAGCGCCUCCUAGCCCUGAGAGAUGACUCGAGCUGGAAGGGAGUUAACAUCCCAUUCUUUCUGCGUGCAACACACUUGUUUAAUUCUAAUGACAAUAUCAUGUAACACAGAAGGAAAUGGCUGCUCAGAGAAGUCAAGCAGCUUUGCCUAGGAUGCCCGGGUAGUGAGUGGUAGGGCCGAGAUUUGGGUCCUGAUCUAUUUGCUGGUGGGUCUGCUCUCUCACAGCAGGUCUAGGUGGGAGUCAGGGGUCUCUGGUCUGCAAGUGUGGCGGGACUACUGGCCAGAGAUCCAGUUCCACAGGGACCUCUCGGAGACUCAGCUUGUUCCCUACUUCCUUUCCACCCACAUAGAACACCACAAAAUUCCCUCCCUGCUUUCUGAUCCCCAAACACUGGCUUGGAUGGCUGAGUUCCCCUUGCACAUGUAUGCAGGCGUGCAUGUAUGUGUGCACGUGUGUUUGUUUACCCUGAGUUUUACGUGUCAGUGCACACACGCCCCGACACAAAACCUCUGUGUCUUUUAAGUCACGGUUGUUUUUCCCACCUUCAGAAAUAGCUGCAGAGAAAAGUGGGAAGUAGUCAAAUGUAAAUAGGCUUGCUGUGUUCCUGCUCAGGGAAGGGUACCCUGCCUCCAACUGCUCCCCUCCCAAGCCCUAGCAUCCUGGAAGCAGGAUGAGGUAGGCGAAGCGCCCCUCUGGCCCACUCAGAGACAGCUGCCAGGAUGGCUGCAGGAGACAUGGCUCCAAGCUUUCUGUGGCUGCCUGGUAAGGAGUCAUCACCCCAGGGGACAAGAACGGGCAUGCAGCCUGCUGCUGUGGCAGUCAGUAUAUCUCAGACCCUCCAGGGGCCCAGGGUAGGCUUGGGCCAGACAGACCUGGGAGCAGAGAUGGGAAGUGUGGACGGCACACAGCCCCUGGACUUGGGUUCAUUCCUGUAUCUUGCUGCUCACCAGCUAUGUGACUUGAGCCCAGUUCUUUAACCUCUUCAGGAUCUCAGUCUCUUCAUCUGCAAACUGGUGGUACUAAUGCUUAUCUCACAUACCUGUUAUGAGGGUGAUGUGAAAUAAGACUUCAGAAUCUUUGAAGAGUCCUGAGCAAUUGUAGGUGCUCAGUGUUUGUGCAUUUCUUUGACACUUGUAGCUAAAAACCUACCUGGAAUCAGACUUCCACUCAGGAGUCAGACCAGGCUCAAGAAGGGGACACGGUCUGGCCCCUUUUCAUUUCCAUCUUUGGUUCUUGGCCAAGACUGGACUUGCCCCCACGGCCCUGGGAUCUGAAAGAGAAACUGGGUAGGUUCCUCACGCCGGAUAGAGGAAACAGCUGUGGCUUGGAUUCUCAAUUGUAGGGGUGAUGUCCAGGCUCCUGGGGAAAAGGGCUCUGGAGUCAAAGAGACUGAGUCAUACAAUCAACACUCACUGGGCACCCAUCCUGUACUACAGGCAUGAGGCAAGACAGGUCUCUAGUUGGAGACUUUUUCCCACAGUGUGGUCAGAACUGUGACAGUAGGAAGUGUGAGUACUGUAAGAGCAUAAGGCCAGCCCCUUAGCCAGGCAGGGAGGUUUUAGAGAAGCUUUCUUCUGCAGGAGAUGACUGAACUUAAAGCUGAGCAUUGAAGAACAAGUAGGAGUUUUCUGGAAGACAAUGAGAAGGAGAUAUUAGAAUGGGUGGCAUGUCACAGUAACUUCAACCCAAAAGGGCUGCCCCUGAUGGGGCCGGGCAAUGAGUGAGCAGGCCCCGCCCCAGUGGACAAGGAGGAGGAGCUGUAUCCAGGAGGGCGAGAAGUGAAGCCCGGUGUCGAAUGACUGCCCUGGCAGGGUGGUUCCUCGGACCCUGGCAGGGUUGCUGACCCUCACCCUGCAAAACACGAAGAGCAGGACUCCAGACUGUUCUUGUGAAUGGUCCCCUGCCCUGCAGCUCCACCAUGAGGCUCCUCGUGGCCCCCCUCUUGCUAGCUUGGGUGGCUGGUGCCACUGCUGCUGUGCCCGUGGUACCCUGGCGUGUGCCCUGCCCGCCUCAGUGUGCCUGCCAGAUCCGGCCCUGGUAUACGCCCCGCUCAUCCUACCGCGAGGCCACCACUGUGGACUGCAAUGACCUAUUCCUGACGGCAGUGCCCCCUGUGCUCCCCGUGGGCACGCAGACCCUGCUUCUGCAGAGCAACAGCAUUGCCCGUGUGGACCAGAGUGAGCUGGGCUACCUGGCCAACCUCACAGAGCUGGACCUGUCCCAGAACAGCUUUUCAGAUGCCCGAGACUGUGAUUUCCACGCCCUGCCCCAGCUGCUAAGCCUGCACCUGGAGGAGAACCAGCUGACCCGGCUGGAGGACCACAGCUUUGCAGGGCUGGCCAGCCUACAGGAACUGUAUCUCAACCACAACCAGCUCUACCGCAUCGCCCCCAGGGCCUUUGCGGGCCUCAGCAACUUGCUACGGCUGCACCUCAAUUCCAACCUGCUGAGGGCCAUUGACAGCCGCUGGUUCGAAAUGCUGCCCAACUUGGAGAUACUCAUGAUUGGCGGCAACAAGGUAGAUGCCAUCCUGGAUAUGAACUUCCGGCCCUUGGCCAACCUGCGCAGCCUGGUGCUAGCAGGCAUGAACCUGCGGGAGAUCUCUGACUAUGCCCUGGAGGGGCUGCAGAGCCUGGAGAGCCUCUCCUUCUAUGACAACCAGCUGGCUCGAGUGCCCAGGCGGGCACUGGAACAGGUGCCCGGGCUCAAGUUCCUAGACCUGAACAAGAACCCGCUCCAGCGGGUUGGGCCGGGGGACUUUGCCAACAUGCUGCACCUCAAGGAGCUGGGGCUGAACAACAUGGAGGAGCUGGUCUCCAUCGACAAGUUCGCCCUGGUAAACCUCCCCGAGCUGACCAAGCUGGACAUCACCAACAACCCACGGCUGUCUUUCAUCCACCCCCGCGCCUUCCACCACCUGCCCCAGAUGGAGACCCUCAUGCUCAACAACAACGCUCUUAGUGCCUUGCACCAGCAGACGGUGGAGUCCCUGCCCAACCUGCAGGAGGUAGGUCUCCACGGCAACCCCAUCCGCUGUGACUGUGUCAUCCGCUGGGCCAAUGCCACGGGCACCCGUGUCCGCUUCAUCGAGCCGCAGUCCACCCUGUGCGCAGAGCCUCCGGACCUCCAGCGCCUCCCAGUUCGCGAGGUGCCCUUCCGGGAGAUGACGGACCACUGUUUGCCCCUCAUCUCCCCCCGCAGCUUCCCCCCCAGCCUCCAGGUGGCCAGUGGGGAGAGCAUGGUGCUGCAUUGCCGGGCACUGGCCGAACCCGAACCCGAGAUCUACUGGGUCACUCCAGCGGGGCUUCGACUGACACCUGCUCAUGCAGGCAGGAGGUACCGGGUGUACCCCGAGGGGACCUUGGAGCUGCGGAGGGUGACGGCGGAAGAGGCAGGGCUGUACACCUGUGUGGCCCAGAACCUGGUGGGGGCUGACACUAAGACAGUUAGUGUGGUUGUGGGCCGUGCUCUCCUCCAGCCAGGCAGGGACGAAGGACGGGGGCUGGAGCUCCAGGUGCUGGAGACCCACCCCUAUCAUAUCCUGCUAUCUUGGGUCCCCCCACCCAACACAGUGUCCACCAACCUCACCUGGUCUAGUGCCUCCUCUCUCCGGGGUCAGGGGGCCACGGCUCUGGCCCGCCUGCCUCGGGGCACCCACAGCUACAACAUUACCCGCCUCCUUCAGGCCACGGAGUACUGGGCCUGCCUGCAAGUGGCCUUUGCUGAUGCCCACACCCAGUUGGCUUGUGUAUGGGCCAGGACCAAAGAGGCCACUUCUUGCCACAGAGCCUUAGGGGACCGACCUGGGCUCAUCGCCAUCCUGGCUCUCGCUGUCCUCCUCCUGGCAGCUGGGCUAGCGGCCCACCUUGGCACCGGCCAACCCAGGCAGGGGGUGGGUGGGCGGCGGCCUCUCCCUCUAGCCUGGGCUUUCUGGGGCUGGAGUGCCCCUUCUGUCCGGGUUGUGUCUGCUCCCCUCGUCCUGCCCUGGAAUCCAGGGAGGAAGCUGUCCAGAUCCUCAGUAGGGGAGACACUGUCGCCACCAUUGUCUCAAAAUUCUUGAAGCUCGACCUGUUCUCAGCAGUAAGGAAAUCACUAGGACUACUUUUUACCAAAAGGGAAGCAGGCUGGGCCAGAUGCCCUGCCCAGGAAGGGGACAUGGACCCACGUGCUUGAGGCCUGGCAGCUGGGCCAAGACAGAUGGGGCUUUGUGGCCCUGGGGGUGCUUCUGUGGCCUCCAAAAAGUUGCCCUUACCUUCCAGGGCCACCUCUGCUGCCAUUCUGAGGAACAUCUCCAAGGAACAGGAGGGACUCUGGCUAGAGCCUCCCGCCUCCCCAUUUUCUCCCUGCCCAGAGGCUCCUGGGCCUGGCUUGGCUGUCCCCUGCCUGUGUCCCCAGGCUGCACCCCUUCCUCUUCUCUUUCUCUGUACAGUCUCAGUCGCUUGCUCUUGUGCUUCCUGGGCAAGGGCUAAAGGAGGCCUCUCCAUCUCACCUCGGAGGGCAGCCCUCAACAUGGGAGUGACCCCAGCCAGAUCCGAAGGACAUUUGGGAGAGGGACGCCCAGGAACGCCUCAUCUCAGCAGCCCGGGCUUGGCAUUCGCAGCUGACUUUCUAUAGGCAAUUUUGUACCUUUGUGGAGAAAUGUGUCACCUCCCCCAACCCGAUUCACUCUUUUCUCCUGUUUUGUAAAAAAUAAAAAUAAAUAAUAACAAUCAUACGGGGGAAAGGAAUGAGAGGAAAAUCAUCCUCUGAGGAUUGAGUGUAGUUAAGGAGCUCUGCUCUGGACUCUCCUCGGAGCCUGGAGGGUGAUGGGCGUGGGGGGCCGCCUGGGAUAUGAGAACAGGGACAAGAAAAGGGACAGGGUGAAAGAGAGGACAGUUUUUCCUUUUCAGUUUGAAUUCUGGCUCCGGGGCCUGCUCCUGGCCCCCAAGAGUCUCUGUGGCUAUGACAAUGACCAGAGCGAGGAAGGGAAGGAGGCAGAGUGCAGGAGGCAAGGAGAUGGGUGGGAGAGAACCAUCAAGACAUACCCCAAGAUGGAGAGAGCGGAAAUUUCCAUCACCAAAUGCUGUCACCCCUUCUCCUUCUCUGAUAAGCAAUUACCAUGCCAGAGCAUAGGAAGCACUUCCCAGCCUAUUUCUAAUUAAACAAACCCAAGAGGCAGAGUCAUGCAGAGAACUGCAAAUCAUCAAGACAGCAAGAACUGGCUCACUGGGGCAGGAGCGGGACGUGGGGUGAUAGAGGAUUUAGGGAGGUGAGGGCUAUGGGAUAAGGAGGUGACUGCAUUUUAUCUUUCUGUUCCAUUUCGGUAUAAUUUGCAAUGAGCAUGGUUUGCUUUUGUAGUUUUUUUUUUUUUUUCUUUUGAAACUGAUUGAGUUCUUAGGACUCCAUGUGAAGAGGAACAUCUGUUGGGAAGCCAUUAGAGCCAAGGGCAGAGGGGCACUGUGGGCCCAUCAAGGGGCCGUGCCAGAGCCCGUUGCCACUGGGCCACUGCUCUCCAUUUCUGAGCUACGCUGGGAAAGGAAUGGGUUUCCUGAGACUGACAGCAAUGCACAAGCCCCGAGGGUCCCCCUGUGUUACACAGCACAUUUGGCAGACUUGGUGGAAGCAGAUCCUGAGCCGCCAUCAAGACUGCAGGUGCAUACAUGGGCGGAAGCCAGACCAGUGACAGAGCACCAGGCCCCAUGGACCUGAAGCACUCACCUAAACCAGAGGGUAGUGUCCCUCCCUCAGGAAGCUCAAAGACAGCAGGCUCUGCGAAGACCAUCAGCAAAUAGCCACGGUAGGAGACUUCUUCUUUUGGCCCAGGUCCUCACUCAAGGCUACAUCAGAGUCACCUGUGGGGCUUGCUAAACACAGAUGGCUGGUCCCGCCCCCAGAGUUUCCCAUCUAGUAGAGCUGGGUGGUGACUGAGAACCUGGAUGUCUAACAAGUUUUCAGGUGACACUGAUGCUGCUAGACUGGGGACAACACUUUGAGAACCAUUGGGCGCAGGCUUGCUGUGGCUGGGAUUUUUCACUCCUUCUGCUCCAGGCCUCGGCUUUUUAAUAGACAGUGUUGUGGCCUAUGGCUCCAAAAGAGAAUUGG